CUUACAUAGCUUUACAUGUGACACCAUCAAAAAUGAGGCUGAGAACACGGAAAGCUUCUCAGCAGUCAAAUCAAAAUCACACACAGCGUGCAUUGAGAGUAAAGAGGAAAUACUCAGAGGUGGAAGAGAACAUAUCUGUUGGUGGAGGAAAACUUCAGAAAAAUGAAACUGGCUUACUAUCGUCAAUUAAAAAGUUCAUUAAAGGAAGUACCCCAAAGGACGAACGAGAACACCCUGCAAAGAGAAGUAGAAUUGAACGUGACAUAGAUGACAACUUAAUUACAUCCACUCCACGAACAGGAGAAAAGCCUCACAAACAGCUUUCUCGAGUGAAGCGGAAAAGUCCCGCGAAUGGAGAAGCUGGGAAUUAUGAAAUGGCCAACCAGCAUGUCCGGCAGAAUGGAAAAUUGGAUGAUAAUCCCACCAGCGGCAGCCCCCCAAGGACUACAUUAUUGGGGACCAUAUUUUCUCCUGUCUUCAAUUUUUUCUCACCAGCAAAUAAAAAUGGAACAGCAGGCUCAGAUUCUCCAGGCCAAGCUGUGGAGGCUGAAGAAAUCGUGAAGCAGCUUGAUAUGGAGCAGGUGGAUGAGAUUAUUACCAGCACUGCUGUCUCAGCCAACGGAGCGUCCUACGCCAGCCAGACAGCCCAGGUCCGAACGACCAUCAGCACUGUCUUGGAGGAAGUGGAUGAUGUGGCUGACUGUGAUCUGCCUCCGCUGACUGCACCAGUAUCUCCAGACAGUGGUUAUUCAUCAGCUCAUGCAGAAGCCACCUAUGAAGAAGACUGGGAAGUCUUUGAUCCAUACUACUUCAUCAAACAUGUUCCACCGCUAACAGAAGAACAACUUAAUCGGAAACCUGCUCUUCCAUUGAAAACCAGAAGUACACCAGAAUUCUCUUUAGUUCUAGACUUGGAUGAAACAUUAGUCCACUGUAGUCUAAAUGAACUGGAAGAUGCUGCACUCACGUUUCCAGUCCUUUUCCAGGAUGUCAUUUACCAGGUUUAUGUGCGAUUAAGACCAUUUUUCAGAGAAUUCUUAGAAUGUAUGUCCCAAAUUUAUGAGAUCAUUCUUUUUACUGCUUCUAAAAAGGUCUAUGCAGACAAAUUGCUGAAUAUAUUAGACCCUAAAAAGCAGCUGGUCAGGCAUCGACUUUUCCGUGAACAUUGUGUUUGUGUGCAAGGGAACUACAUAAAAGAUUUAAAUAUUCUUGGUAGAGAUCUCUCAAAAACGAUCAUCAUCGACAAUUCACCACAAGCCUUUGCCUACCAGCUUUCAAAUGGGAUUCCUAUAGAAAGCUGGUUCAUGGAUAAAAAUGACAAUGAACUCCUAAAGUUGAUUCCUUUUCUGGAAAAACUUGUAGAACUGAAUGAAGAUGUUCGGCCUCACAUACGAGACAGAUUUCGCUUGCAUGACUUACUACCCCCCGAUUAAACUCAAUUUCUGGUCAAAGCUGAAGGGAAAGAAAAUGCAGGAUCCUUUUUGUUUUUGGACUAGAACAAAAACAUUGCCAUUACUGUUGAAAUUUUUGCAUUUUUGUACCCUUUCUCGCUUUUCUUAUCUUUGGUGCCCAACAGUAAUAAAGGGUUACAGAAGAACUUCCUAUAUCGCCAAAUGGAAAGAUGUGCAGUACAGUAGGUAGGCUAGAACAGGAGAAGAGUCUUUAGAUCUAGUGCAACUCCACUGGUUUUUAAUGUACAGAACACCUGCCGUUUUUAAAGAAUUCUGUUUCUGCCACCAGCAGUUUAUCCUAUAAAAAUACAGGAUUUAUGAAAUCACAGAGAUUGAAAAUGGACUCUUGUUUUCUCUCUGUUUGGUGCUCUCUAAGUGGGUUUGUAGCCACUUUGUGUUUUAAAAUUCUCAUUUCAACAGGAAUGGCCAGUAAUUUUUUUCCUGUUAAGGUUUAUAACCUUUUUACACUUUUGAUCUGUAUUCAAUUUUAGAAUUUCAUUAUGCAUUCCUUUUAGUUGAGGUGACUUCAUAUUUUUCUGGGAAUAGCCAAGUUUUAUUCAUUUUUAUUUUUAUUAUUCGGUUGAAUGGCCAUUUUCCUGCUUUGUCUGCCUGCAUAUUGUA